AUGUGCGCCGAUGUUGAAAGUCUUCGAAGCCAUUUAGUCGAGAGUCUUGGCGUUUUAUGCUCUGGUCGACAGCAUCCUGACCCUCAACAAACGUUUUCAGAGUGGAUAAAGUCUCUACCAACACUCGAGACACUAGAGCGCGAGCGCCGAUACCAGCAGGAACAGCGUCAGCGUCAGAUCCUCGAGCAACAAUACCAAAGAGAAGCUAUACGCCGACGAGAACGGGACGAGUGCACCCUAAUGUCCGCGAAUGACUACAACGUUCCCGAAGAAAGCGAGCUAUCAGUGCAACAACAGAAGCACGAGCAAAUACUUCGCAUGCAAGCUGAAAUCCGGCGGCUUGAGCAAGGUGAUUUAAACGAGGACCCCAAGUUGAAGGUGAAUGCGAAAGGGGAGCAGGGCCCAUCGAAAAAGGAAAAGCUCGCGAUUCAAGAGCGUCAGCGCCUACAGCAACUUGAAGACCAAAGGCGCGAAGGACGGGAGCUCGAGAGAAUGCGCCGCGAAGACCUUUACUACGUAGAACGCAUUCUGGAAGCUAAGGCGAAGGCGAAGGAGGAACAGGAGAAACGAGAGAAAUCCGGGGCUCUUCAGAAGAAUGCACUUGAGGAGCAGCAGAAGCACAUUGCUCGAAUGCGGUUGCUAUAUGCUGAGAAGCGCAUUGCCGAUCGCGAAACUCUUGCAAUGCGAGCGGAAGAUCUGCUUAGCAGGCAGAUGCGUUUCCGAGAGGCCGAGAAACUGAAGGAGGAGCUGCAGAAUGAAUGGCACGAGCGGAAAGUUAUGCAAACUGAGGAGCAUGACUCUCGCUCACGUUGGAUGCUUUGGGAUCGCAUGAUGGCCAAACAACAAGAGGCCGAGUUGAAACAGCAGAGAGCAGAAGCGCGGCGAUUGAAGCGGCAGCAGCUUCGACAAGAAAAGGAGGCUAGAGCUGCAUGGAUCGAAUGCUGGGACGAAAACGGCAACCGAUACUUCUACAACUCCAUCACAGGUAUCUCACAAUGGGAAGCACCUCCUACAAGUUGA